CGACAUUCCAGCCUCUCCUCAUCUUGGAAUCUUAGUCGUCAUCAUGACGGUCCUCUCGAAGUUCGAUUUUGAUCUUGGUGCGAUCCGACAAGAGCAUCUUAUUCUAUGUCUUCGUACGAUAGGUGCCAUAAUUAUUCUUCAAGUGGUCCUAGGUGUCGCUUACAAUCUUCUCUUUCAUCCUUUAAAAAAAUUUCCUGGUCCGAAACUUGCGGCUGCGACGAACCUCUAUUUCUAUUACCGCGUGUUGCGUGGCGAGGAAAGCAGUUGGCUUUGUGAAUGCCAUGAAAAAUAUGGCGAGGUCGUCCGAGUUGGCCCUGGAAAAUUGAGUUACAUUGCUCCGCAAGCGUGGAAAGAUAUCGCUGGUCACCGUACAGGAGGACGCCAAGAAUUUCUGAAAGACCCGAAGUUCUACCGUCGUGACACAAACGGCGAUUAUCACAUUGUAGCGGAACCAGACACAGAAACGCACGGUCUGGUCCGCAGGGUAUUCGCCAACGCGUUCAGUGAUAAGGCCUUGAAGCUUCAAGAACCCCUCAUCUCUUUGCAUGUUAAUAAACUGAAGAAGUUUAUAGACAAAAAUCUGUCCGAAGACCCAGAGACUCCCAUGAAUCUUGUGACAUUGUUGAAUUGCACAACUUUUGACAUCAUGGGAGAUCUCACCUUUGGGGAAUCAUUAGGUAUGUUGGAUACGGGCAAGUAUACGCAAUGGGUCAAAGGAGUCUUUGAGGGAAUCAAAGUUAAUUCCCUGUUUCGCCUGGCACAACAGUACCCUGUAUUGGACUUCUUCAUGAAGGCAUUGAUGCCUCCGCCUAUACGCGGUAAAGAUGUCGAACAUUUCCGCCACUCCAGUGAUCGCGUGGACAAACGACUUGAGAAAGGAAUUGACAUCGGUAAAUCUGAUAUCUGGAAGCUUGUGCUACAGAAUCAGAAAGUAAAAUUGCCUCUCUCGAAGAUGCACUCAAACGCAUCAGCCUUCAUGGUCGCUGGCACCGAAACAACAGCGACACUGUUAAGCGGAUUGACCUACUUGCUUCUUACACAUCCAGAUAAGUUGAAGAAAGUCGUCGAAGAAGUGCGCGCUCUGCCAAAGGAAGACCUAAGGCUUGAAGUUUUACCACGUCUGCAAUACCUCAGUGUAUGUUUUCAGGAAGCCCUUCGAUGCUAUCCACCAGUACCAAUCGGCCUACCUCGAGUAGUGCCACAGGGAGGUAGUAUGAUAUGUGGUGAAUGGAUUCCAGAGAAGACAACCGUUGCUGUUAGCCAAAAAGCUGCAUAUUCCUCUUCUCUGAACUUCAAAGAUGCAAAAGACUUUGUUCCUGAGCGAUGGCUGCCUGGUUCCGGAUACGACACGGAUAGGAAGGAAGUUCUACAGCCUUUUUCCUUUGGUCCACGUAGCUGUCUUGGAAAGAACCUGGCAUUUCAUGAGAUGCGCCUGAUUGCUGCUAUGAUACUGUGGCAUUAUGAUCUUGAGCUAUGCCCAGAGAGUAAAACCUGGAUAGAUCAGAAGGCGUACAUAGUUUACGAAAAACCAGAGCUCAUGGUCAAGCUCAGGCCUGUUCAGAGAUGAUGAUCAAAGACUAUCUUCAUCUUGCAAAACCAGAGAUUAGAUUGAGAAUUUUUUUAGGAGUUAUAGGUCUUGUGCGCUUAGUUCUGGUAGUAACAGAAUGUAUGCUUCUCUUAGUACACUGCUCUGUCUAAUGCCACAUGUAGGCAAGUGUCCAGGUUAGUUCGGGAAUUUCGUGAUCAGCGUCAACUGCGCAGACAACAUGAAUAGGGUUGAAGCUACAUUUGGCUGGAAUGGCAGAUGCACUAUCCUUCCAGGUGCGCUCUCAGCAUAUCGCACAAUCGCAAUCAAACCGUUCCUUGC